AUGAGGAGCAAGCUCUUGCAGAAGCUAGUGCGAUAUAGAGCCAAGCUUGCUAUUUCGAUAUUUGUGGUGGCGAUACUUGCGUACACUGCAUUUUCGUCCGUCCUCAACUACGACUUGGAUGCCAUCGUUGAUGAUUCAUUUUCAACUCCUUUGAAUGGUGCACAGCCCGCCAGCCAGAAAGGCGAAACGCCUGGGCAAAACGCAGCAAACGUCUACGACUCGCACUUGGCGUUGGUCAACCAAAAGGAGAAGCUGAGGCGUGUCCAUAGCUUUUGGGAUAAAGUCUUUACUAUAUUUGACGAGAACGAUGUGCUAUACAAGGGAGCUCCCCAGCACCUUGUCGAGUAUGUGGGAGACAAAAUUGAGGGCACCUAUAUCAAGGAAGCUUUACUAGCGAGAGGAAAGAUGUCCGACAGAGUGGUUGCCGAGCUAAAGAGCAGACAUGAGAAGGUGGUGAAGAAGCUUCCCGACGAAAUCCCAGAAUAUACUUACGACAAGGGCACAAAAGGUGUUGUGUUUAUUGGUGGUGAUAAGUUUUCGUGGCUCACCUAUCUCGCGAUUCUUGCCUUGAGAGAAACUGGGUCCAAACUACCCGUUGAAGUGGUUAUGCCGCAAAGGAAUGACUAUGAACGCGAAAGGCUGUUUUGCGAUAGAAUCUUGCCCAGCCUUGGGGCAAAAUGUUUGGUGGUUCCGGACAUUCUUGGUAUUUCUGCGGAAAAGGAAAAGAGCUUUUUCGCUUAUCAGUUCAAGCUGCUCGCUUUAGUGGUGUCGUCGUUUGAAAACAUCCUUCUACUUGAUUCCGACAAUAUCAUAAUUUCAAACCCGGAUGUGGUUUUUGAGAGUGAGCUUUACAAGCAGUACGGUAUGAUAACGUGGCCAGACUACUGGAAAAGAACGAUUUCUCCAAGGUACUACGAAAUUGCAAAUAUUGCCGUCAACGAGCAAAAGCGAGUCAGAAUCAACAGGUUCCCGCUAUUUGAGCCGCUGAAAUCGCAGAAUGCUCUAAGAAUCGAUAUAGGGGAUGCAUCUGUUCCCUACCACGACUUGGAAAACGCCGUACCUGACUUGUCUACUGAAUCGGGGCAGUUGUUCAUCAACAAAGGCACGCAUGGCAAAGUCAUCCUCCUAUCUUUGUACUACAACAUCUAUGGGCCGCAACUAUUCUACCGCUUGUUUUCGCUAGGUGAGCAAGGGGAAGGGGACAAAGACACUUUUGCCGCAGCAGCAGUUGCCCUUAACCAGCCCUACUACCAAGUAAACUCGUACAUACAGUCCCACGGAUACUUUGACGACGAGGCAAAAUUCCAAGGGGUGGCAAUGGCCCAAAAGCACCCGGUUCUCGAUUUCGAUAAGUUUCAAAACUUGAUUGUGCGGCCCUUUGAAAACAGCGGCAAGUCGAUUCCCAUCGAUGAGCAAGUUGAAAAGCUAAACGCUUUGGCAAAGGAGUCGGACGAGAACUUUGGAAGCGCAAAUGACGUGCCCAUCUUCACGGUGCACUGCAACUUCCCCAAGCUUGAUCCGGUUUUUUACAUGUCAAGAAACGACUUGUAUGACUCCGUUGCGAACAAAUUGAAGCGUAGGUUGUACAGCAGGAUGAAAUACAAAAAGACCAAGAUGGAGGGAGCAGUGUUUCGCAACGAAGAAGUGGACUUUGAGUACGAGCAAUGGCUACAUCUUCAAGAAGCCCUAUGUGUGAAGAAACUCGAGUUUGUGUAUUUCAAAUACGAGGACAUGGACCAGCUAUGUAGCUUCAUCGCCAAUCAGGUGACAUGGCUAGCACUUGAUUCAAGUUGA